GAGCUCUGGGUGUCUGAGCCCGAGAACGCGAAACAGUGGCUCGAUGCCCAGGAGCAGAAGACGUCGCAACAUCUGCCUACUUCACGGCAGGGACAGUUGAGUGGAGCUCUCUUACGGUAUGCCAGGCCUGAGCUGCAGGAGUACGCGUUUGUGGAGUCCUUCACGCCAGAAGGUUUGUCGCGCACAGGCUGGGGUUCUUGGACCGAGGGACUUUUUCCUCAGCUUCAAGAUGAAUGCUGGCGCCUUGGGGAUCGCCUGGUUGCGGCGGGUGCCAAGGCUGAAGAGGUAAGCAAGCUGGCCCCUGACCCAUCCGCAGCGGAUGGUGAUCGCAGAGCAGGAGAGGCGAGACCUCCUUCUUGCAGGGCCUGGUGGAGGACAAGUGAAAAGGAUGUCGAACUAUGGGACGUUUUGUUACCUUCGAUUUCCAGGCCGAGGCAAUCGCCAAUGGAGGACAGUGAGAUGUACCCUGCCGCCACACGUAGCUGA